AGUGUCGAUAGCUAUACAUGUGUCGAGCACAUUUGCCAAUAAACCAAUUGUUGAUGUAAUUUUAAUUCAAUUUACAAAUCAUAAAUUAAAUGGUAACCAAUAGCCAGGAGCGUGAGGCUCUGCCCACAACGUCUGUCGUCACAGGACUGCCACAGAAGCGCUUCUACCGGCAGCGAGCACACUCCAAUCCCAUAGCGGAUCACAGUUUUGAUUAUCCUGCACGGCCUGAGGAUGUCAACUGGCGCACACUGUAUCCCAGCAUUGCUGACAAGCAGCAAGUGGAAUUUGCCGACAUUGGUUGCGGUUACGGCGGAUUUCUGGUCACGUUGGGUGAAAUGUUUCCCGAGAAAUUCUCCAUUGGCAUGGAGAUACGUGUGAAAGUGUCGGACUAUGUGGUUGAUCGCAUUGCCGCACUCAGACUGAAGUUCAACGAGACGGCCGCCUAUCAAAACAUUGCCUGUAUCCGCACCAAUGCCAUGAAAUAUCUACCCAACUAUUUCCAAAAGGGGCAGCUCGAGAAAAUGUUCUUUCUGUAUCCAGAUCCACACUUCAAGCGCGCCAAGCACAAGUGGCGCAUCAUCAAUCAGGCCCUGCUUUCCGAGUAUGCAUAUGUUCUCCGUAGUGGUGGUCUAGUGUAUACGAUGACGGAUGUGGAGGAUCUGCACAAGUGGAUCGUGUCCCAUAUGACUCAGCAUCCGCUGUAUGAACGCCUUACGGAUGAGGAAGCUAACGCAGAUCCAAUCACACCGAAACUAUAUCAGAGCAGUGAGGAAGGUGCCAAGGUUGUUCGUAAUAAGGGUGAUCAUUUUUUGGCUAUAUUUCGCCGGAUCUAGAUCUUGGCGCAUAUAUUUGACAAAUAUAUGUAAACAUAUUUUUAUAACAUAAAUAAUUUAAGACUUAUUGA